ACUCGGCUGAGGGGACGCCGUGUCGCGAACUUGAGGCCUGAGAGGGAUGUGAAGGCCCAAAAUGACCCUCUUACCGGGAGACAACUCUGACUACGACUACAGCGCGCUGAGCUGCGCCUCCGACGCCUCCUUCCACCCGGCCUUCUUCCCGCAGAGCCAGUCGCUCAAGGGCGUCUUCUACCGCCGGGCCCAGCGGCUGCGGCCGCAGGACGAGCCCCGCCAGGGCGGCCAGCCCGAGGACCGCAGGCGGCAGAUCAUCAUCAACGUGGGUGGCAUCAAGUACUCGCUGCCCUGGACCACGCUGGAGGAGUUCCCGCUGACACGGCUGGGCCAGCUCAAGGCCUGCACCAACUUCGACGACAUCCUCAACGUGUGCGAUGACUACGACGUCACCUGCAACGAGUUCUUCUUCGACCGCAACCCGGGGGCGUUUGGCACCAUCCUGACCUUCCUGCGCGCGGGCAAGCUGCGGCUGCUGCGGGAGAUGUGCGCCCUGUCCUUCCAGGAGGAGCUGCUCUACUGGGGCAUCGCCGAGGACCACCUGGACGGCUGCUGCAAGCGCCGCUACCUGCAGAAGAUCGAGGAGUUCGCGGAGAUGGUGGAGCGGGAGGACGAGGAGGACGCGCUGGACAGCGAGGACCCCGACAGCGAGGGCCCGGCGGAGGGCGAGGGCCGCCUGGGCCGCUGCAUGCGGAGACUGCGCGACAUGGUGGAGAGGCCGCACUCGGGGCUGCCCGGGAAAGUGUUCGCCUGCCUGUCGGUGCUCUUUGUCACCGUCACCGCCGUCAACCUCUCCAUCAGCACCUUGCCCAGCCUGAGGGAGGAGGAGGAGCAGGGCCAGUGCUCCCAGAUGUGCCACAACAUCUUCAUCGUGGAGUCCGUGUGCGUAGGCUGGUUCUCCCUCGAGUUCCUCCUGCGGCUCAUCCAGGCGCCCAGCAAGUUCGCCUUCCUGCGGAGCCCGCUGACGCUGAUCGACAUGGUGGCCAUCCUGCCCUACUACAUCACGCUGCUGGUGGACGGCGCCGCCGCGGGCCGCCGCAAGCCCGGCACGGGCAACAGCUACCUGGACAAGGUGGGGCUGGUGCUGCGGGUCCUGCGGGCGCUGCGCAUCCUGUAUGUCAUGCGCCUGGCCCGCCACUCCCUGGGGCUGCAGACUCUGGGGCUCACAGCCCGCCGCUGCACCCGCGAGUUUGGGCUCCUGCUGCUCUUCCUCUGCGUGGCCAUCGCCCUCUUUGCCCCGCUCCUCUACGUCAUCGAGAACGAGAUGGCCGAUAGCCCCGAGUUCACCAGCAUCCCUGCCUGCUACUGGUGGGCCGUCAUCACCAUGACAACUGUGGGCUAUGGAGACAUGGUACCCCGGAGCACGCCCGGCCAGGUGGUGGCGCUCAGCAGCAUCCUCAGCGGCAUCCUCCUCAUGGCCUUCCCCGUGACCUCCAUCUUCCACACCUUCUCCCGCUCCUACCUGGAGCUCAAGCAGGAGCAAGAGAGGGUGAUGUUCCGGAGGACCCAGUUCCUCAUCAAAACCAAGUCGCAGCUGAGCAGCAUGUCCCACGACAGUGACAUCUUGUUUGGAAGUGCCUCCUCGGACACCAGAGACAACAACUGAGCCCAGACGACACCCCCCACCACCACCACCAGGACGCCCCCCAGCCCUGCCCGUCCUCCGUGGCCUGAAGCCAUCGCCAUCACUACCGAAGCCUUCAAAGGCACGUGCUGCUUCGGAGCACAGCCCUGGCAUAGGAGGGACUGAGCCACACCCCAGGGAGGAUGCUCCACCAUCCACAGGGGGUCCCUGGUCCUCCGUGCCCAGAAGUGAAGCCCAGCACACGGCCCUGAUGGCCCCUCUGCCCGCCCCAGCCCCCAUACCUGUUUCCCUUAUAAGGAGAUGGCUUGUUCUUCCCGCCGUGUAAAUAACUUGCCCAGCAGAGACUUGCUCCAUGGGGCUGCCUGGAGAGAAAACACAACGUCAGCAGCUGCAUGUCUGUCUUGAGUGUGGACCACGUGCAAUUAAAGAAAGCUGGUGAAACAGAAAGAAAAAGCCUUCCAUGGGGCUCUCUUAGGAGAGGAAACUGCACUUCCCUGCAAGGCCAGCCAGUGUGGGUACCAGAAGUAAAAGGGCCUGUUUCCUUGGGUCCUUCACGCCUGAUGGGGAUGGAGGAGAAGAGAGAGGGCAGAGACCUUUGGGGAAAUUACUGCUAAAUACUGCAGUCCCUCGUUCUUCUUUCUCUGAUUCCUCUCGCCUCUGGGCCUCUCUUUAGCCCCGUCCCGUCUCUCCCAUCCGCUGUCCUCCUUUGCACCUUAAGGCCUGUAUCUCAAACUUUUCCCCCAAGGCACCCCUAACAGCCAAGUGGACACCAAGUCAGCAUUGCUGACUCAAAGGUGAAAUCAGUUAACUUUAUCUUUAAAAAAAAAAAAA